GUCGCCUGCGCAUCUCGAGCCCUUUUCUCUCUUCUCUUUUUUCCGUCCUUCUGCACCCUUCCUGCUAAGGGCCCUCUCUUGUGCUGUCCCUGAGUCCAGAGCGUUGUCUUGUGCUCCUCUCUACUGCCUACAUCUAACGGGUUUGACCUCUUCAGUCUGCCUGCCGUCUGCUCUCCUGCCACGGAAUCCUGCCUGGUGGGCUCCGCUUCCUGCCAGCCGGCCCUGCCCUUGGCAGUGUUGUCUUUGCUGACACUCGACUGUCUUUCCUCCUUCUGUGCACUUCAAACUCUAAGAAUAGUCACAUAGGUCAUCUGCAUGAGGAUUAUGUGAACCUGAAACUUCACAUGGAGCAAAAGUUUCAAGAACUGGAAGACGCUGAUGACAGAAAUUGGUGUCUAAACAACAACUGUCUCUGGCAGCUGAGCAAGAACAAUUCUGAAACAAAGUAAAAUGCAAGCAGAACUUAACUGGCAGCAGCUCUGUGAGAAUGCUGAAUGCAAUUGGUAUCACAAAUCAGAGGAUCCAAUACACAGCCUAUCUUCAUCAAGAGAGGAGAUAUUUCAGCAUGGUGAUGAAAGUUCUCUGUGUAAAUAUAUCAUCCCUGCUUUGGAAAUAAAAAAGCUGCAGGAACAGAAUGCCAGCCUUCGGGCUGCUAUUGCACAAAUGAGGAAAGAAAUGGAGAGUCUUGAUGAGCAGAUGUUAUCUUCUCUUCCUCAAACAGAAGACAGACAGCUUGCAGAGCAAGGUUCACUGAGCACAAACAAAAUUUCAACUGGAACCACACUGAGCAACAUAAAAGCCAGUUCAACUAAGUUGCAUUGUAUAGUAAACCCAGACACAGAAGAGGGGCCAGAACCCAAAGUUCUUGAAGAAAACAUGGUUGCUUUUGGACAACAGCUACCUGAUGUAGGUACUGGUGUUGGUUGUCAAUAUAGUGUCAAACACACUCUACGAGGAAUGCAAAAUAAACUCAAGGAAGCAGCAAGAAAAAUUUCAAUUCUGAACCAAGAAAAGAGGCAGCUGAUUGAAAUGGGAAACAGACUCAGGGCAGAACUUGGAAUGGUGUUAAAGAAAGGAGUCUGGCAUCCUGUUAGCUCUAAACACUGCACAGUUUGUAUUGCCUCUGGUAGUCUUCUUCCAAGAGAACUUGUCAAAAGAACACAGUGUCAGCUAUCAGUUCUAAAGCAUCUACAGCACAGACUCACAACACAGGAGCUGCAGUGCACAAGGCAACAGCAUCCUUCAAGGUUCUCUUCUCUUACUGCCUGCCCUAGCUUAAAGGAAGAAGAAGCUCCAAGCAGCUGUGGAGAAGAAACAGAAUUACCAUCCAGUGAGGUUUGGAUAGAUUUCUCUAUUGAAAAUCAUGGGCCAGAUACAUUCUCAGCAACAAAGGCAGAUACAUCCACAAAGAUUGUUCAAACUCAGCUGCUCAGUCAGAGUCCUAGUCAUGUCCAGCAGGUUCAGCUUUCUUCAUCUAGACCGCAUACUUUCUGUCAAAUUUUAGAUACAGGAUCAAGCCUUUCUCUACUCAGUCCUCGAAAGAACAGCAGCCAGGGGGAGUUUGAAGUUGUACAUCCAAUCAAGCAAUCUGAAGAAUCUCGGCAAAAUGUCAAAACCAAGGAUAAACUUGAAACAUCAGCUGAAGAUCUGACAGUCAGAGGAACAAGGCUGGAAGUUCAGCAUAAGUUAAAAUCCAGGAGUUUAUCUUGUGCUCAUCUAUUAAAACCAAAAAUCUCUUCUAGCAUGGCAAAAAUCCGCAAUUAUAAUAUUAAAGACUGAUUUCUAUGUUGUCAGCAUGUUGUAGGUUGACACUUGCUAUUAACAUACUUUAACAAAUCUAUAUCAGGUCUCAUUAUCAGCCUCAGUUUUGUAUGUCAGGUUGAGAUAUCUGCAGCCAGAAGAGAGAACAAAUACCCUGUUUCAUAUAGUGAAGCCUAAAAUAAAGGGUUAAUCUGUGCACAUUAUGAGGUUACAGUCUUCACUGUUAAUACUGAUUUAUUUUAAUUAUAUAUGUUAAGAUUUUCUUGCGUCAUGGAUUUAGAAAUGCUCAGUUAAAACAUAGGCAAAGCCUUGUGCCUUCAGGCAGGACUUGCAGGACUCUAGCAGAUGUUUUGUUGAGAAACUGUAGAUGUGAUUUAAGCUUAGAAGUGGGAUGCCUCAACCUACUUGUCUUCUAAAUAACAAUGCAACCGUUAAUCCUGUGCAGCUAUCUUUCUACUUGAUAGAAAGGGGUUUAAAAAGAUUGCAUCUGAGUCUGUCUUAUUUCUCAUCUUCUGUAGCUCUUUCCACUUGUUCAGAGAGCAUGAAAGAAUAUAAAAUUAAAUUUCUAUUGUCACACCAGUGAUUGUAUUUUCCCUUGACAAGAGAUUGUAUGGACUUCAAAGCAGUGAGAAACACUGCUACAAUGUUAGAACCAUGUAUUUAUAAUAAUAGAGACAUGUUGGAAGAAGUAAGUCUUAAAACAGAUGAAACUAAAAGAAAACUUGAACGAGUUGUGAUGUAAGAAAGGAUAGCUAUGUAGUAAUGAUCGUGCCAGGACACUAAUAAAAGUAAUCAGUGUAUUUUUGUAGCAUUUCCAAUAAUGCUGACCUGUCCUGGGAUAUUACAGAGAUGAACUUUCCUAUAAGUAAAGGAAAUGCACAUGAAAAAGUCAAUAAAAAACUUUUAAUUGUGGGGAUGGUCAAGCACUGGAACAGAUUGCCCGGAGGAGUUAUGGAGUCUCUGUCUAUGGAGAUACUCAAAACCCAACUGGACAUGGGCCUGGCCAGACUGUUCCAGCUGACCCUGGAGCUGAGGGCUUGGACUAAGUGAUGUCAAGAGAUACCUUCUAGUCUAAGAGAUUCUGUGAUUCUGAAAGUGGUAUCACUGAAGUGAAUAAUACUUACCAGUUGCUGCUAAAUAUAUAAAAUCUAAAGAUUAAACGAAGGAAGAGAGCUACUUACGCAUGAGUGUCUUUUUUUUGUGGAGCGUUUUUUUAAUAGAAAUGCUUGCCUGAUACUCUUUGCAAAGACGUGUUCUCUUCAGCACCUGACAGAGUGGUAGUAAUCCAUUUGAGAAUUUGAGUAAUUAUUUUGUACUACCUGCUGAAAAUAUUUUGCUGUAGUGUAAAUGUGCAAUGAUAUUAUAAUCAGAUGCUAAAUCUGCAAGAAAUUUCAUGAGAUGUUGCUAAGCCAAUAUAAGGCCUGAGAGACCUUGUGAGCUUCUUUCUAAACAUUUUCAUUACUUGAAAAUCCUGUCAUUUGAUUCAACAUUGUUCAUGAGCCAGGACAACAUGAUGCACUCCCUUGAACCAGGCCCUGAAUGAGUUCUUUCUGUAGCACAAAGCAUAGUGGUUUCUAACAACUACAGGAAUUUUGGCCCAGAUCACACCAGUUAAAGCACUCACUGGUUACUUCUAGAACUCUGUGUGUAAAUUCCAGAUUUUAUAAUAGCUGUAGAUCAUGGUGAAAAAUUUUUUGUUAUUUAUAUGUUUAAUAUUGACCUAUGGAGAUUCACAGUAGUUCGGGGGUAUGAGAUUCUGUGCAUGUGUUAAAAGCAGCAUAAAAGAGCAGUUUGUUCCAUGAUAUUUGUAAUACUGCAUUUGAACGUGGAAAACAUUUCUCUUUAUUCCUUACACCGUGGGUGUAAGCUGAUGGGCUGCAGACUUCAGAAAUGCCUUUGUGUAGGUUUGUAUGCAGGUUUCUAUGGCUUUUUUUUUGUUUUCUUG